AUGGAGGUGGUGGACGAGACGGAGGCGCUGCAGCGCUUCUUCGAAGAAGGAGGCUCCGGCCGCCUGGAUCGGCGGGCACAGGGCCUGCAGAGAGGGGACCCUCCAGGCAGGAUGCCCUGGCUCCCGGCAGGCCACGACAUCAACGGUGCCCUGGAGCCCUCCAACAUAGACACGAGCAUCCUGGAGGAGUACAUCAGCAAGGAGGACGCCUCUGACCUCUGCUUCCCUGACAUCUCGGCUCCAGCCAGUGCAGCCUCCUACCCCCACGGGCCGCCAGCGAUCCCGGGCUCCAGCGGGGGCCACCACCUGAGUCCCCCUGGGGGCGGACCCUCCCCGGGGCGCCACGGCUCCCUCCCCGCCCCGAGCUACAGCGCCGCGCUCAACUGCAACAACAAUGCUAUGGCCAGUGCUCCCAAGCCCUUCCUGGGGGGCUCUGGGCCUCCCAUCAAGGCCGAGCCCAAGGCUCCCUAUGCCCCAGGCACACUGCCGGAUUCUCCCCCAGACUCGGGCUCCGAGGCGUACUCCCCCCAGCAGGUGAAUGACCCCCAUCUCCUGCGCACCAUAACCCCUGAGACCCUGUGCCACGUGGGAGUGCCCUCCCGCCUGGAGCACCCGCCUCCACCUCCGGCCCACCUCCCAGGCCCCCCACCGCCCCCGCCACCCCCACCUCACUACCCUGUCCUGCAGCGGGACCUGUACAUGAAGGCCGAGCCCCCGAUGCCCCCUUAUGCUGCCAUGGGGCAGGGGCUCGUGCCCAGCGAUCUCCACCACACGCAGCAGUCCCAGAUGCUGCAUCAGCUGCUGCAGCAGCAUGGAGCUGAGCUCCCCACACACCCCUCCAAGAAGAGGAAGCACUCCGAAUCACCUCCCAACACCCUCAAUGCCCAGAUGCUGAAUGGAAUGAUCAAACAGGAGCCUGGGACAGCAACGACCCUGCCCCCACACCCAGCUCGAGCCCCAUCCCCACCCUGGCCUCCCCAGGGCCCCCUCUCACCUGGGCCUGGCUCCUUGCCCCUCAGCAUUGCCCGGGUCCAGACACCACCUUGGCACCCGCCAGGGGCACCCUCACCAGGUCUCCUGCAGGACAAUGAUAGCCUCAGUGGCUCCUACCUGGACCCCAACUACCAGUCCAUCAAGUGGCAACCGCAUCAGCAGAACAAGUGGGCCACACUGUACGACGCCAACUACAAGGAGCUGCCCAUGCUCACCUACCGUGUGGACGCUGACAAGGGCUUCAACUUCUCGGUGGUCGCCGUAUCAUUAAAAAACCAGAAGAAGAACCACUUCCAGGUCACGGUGUACAUCGGCAUGCUGGGCGAGCCCAAGUACGUCAAGACGCCUGAGGGCCUCAAGCCCCUCGACUGCUUCUACCUGAAACUGCACGGAGUGAAGCUGGAGGCCCUGAACCAGUCCAUCAACAUCGAGCAGUCACAGUCGGACCGGAGCAAGCGGCCCUUUAACCCUGUCACGGUCAAUCUGCCCCCUGAGCAGGUCACGAAGGUGACUGUGGGCCGUCUGCACUUCAGUGAGACCACUGCCAACAACAUGCGCAAGAAGGGCAAACCCAACCCUGACCAGAGGUACUUCAUGCUGGUGGUGGCCCUCCAGGCCCACGCCCAGAACCAGAACUACACGCUGGCUGCCCAAAUCUCAGAGCGCAUCAUCGUGAGGGCCUCCAACCCAGGCCAGUUUGAGAGUGACAGCGACGUGCUGUGGCAGCGGGCGCAGGUGCCCGACACUGUCUUCCACCAUGGCCGCGUGGGCAUCAACACGGACCGGCCCGACGAGGCGCUGGUAGUGCACGGCAACGUCAAGGUCAUGGGCUCGCUCAUGCACCCCUCGGACCUGCGGGCCAAGGAGCACGUGCAGGAGGUGGACACCACGGAGCAGCUGAAGAGGAUCUCGCGCAUGCGGCUGGUGCACUACAGAUACAAGCCGGAGUUUGCAGCCACGGCGGGCAUCGAGGCCACGGCACCAGAGACCGGUGUCAUCGCCCAGGAAGUGAAGGAGAUCCUGCCUGAGGCCGUGAAGGACACUGGAGACUUGGUCUUUGCCAAUGGGAAAACCAUAGAGAACUUCUUGGUGGUGAACAAGGAGCGCAUCUUCAUGGAGAACGUGGGUGCUGUGAAGGAGCUGUGCAAGCUGACGGACAACCUGGAGACGCGCAUUGAUGAGCUGGAACGCUGGAGCCACAAGCUGGCCAAACUGCGGCGGCUGGACAGCCUCAAGUCCACGGGCAGCUCGGGCGCCUUCAGCCGUGCAGGGAGCCAGUUCAGCCGGGCGGGCAGUGUCCCCCACAAGAAGAGGCCCCCCAAGGUGGCCAGCAAGUCGUCCUCUGUGGUCCCAGACCAGACCUGCAUCAGCCAGCGCUUCCUGCAGGGAACCAUCAUUGCCCUAGUGGUGGUCAUGGCCUUCAGCGUGGUGUCCAUGUCCACACUGUACGUGCUGAGCCUGCGCGCCGAGGAGGACCUGGUAGAAACUGAUGGCUCUUAUGCCGUGUCCACUUCCUGUCUUCUGGCCCUGCUCCGGCCCCAGCACCCUGGGGGGAGUGAGGCCAUGUGCCCAUGGUCCAGCCAGAGCUUCGGGACCACCCAGCUCCGACAUUCCCCCGGGACCACUGGGCUGCCAGGCACACCGCCCUCCUUGCUGCUGGUUACCACUGGCCUGACCAGCUCGGCCCCAGGUCCGGUCAUCCCCACCUUGGACCUGUGCUCUAGCCGCCCUUGCCCAGUCGUCUGCUGCUCCUCGCCCACCCCCAGCCCUACCGCUGCCCCGAGUCUUGGCCCCAGCUUUAACCCUGGCCACGGCCUCAGCCCCAGUCCCAGCCCCUCCACCAACCGCUCAGGCCCUAGCCAGAUGGCCCUGCUGCCAGUCACCAACAUCAGAGCCAAGUCCUGGAGCCUGUCAGCCAAUGGUAUUGGCCACUCCAAGCAUCCAAAGAGCUCAGAGCCUCUGGCCAGCCCUGCAGUCCCCUUCCCUGGAGGGCAAGGCAAAGCCAAGAACAGCCCUAGCCUUGGCCUCCAUGGCCGGACCCGCCGAGGGGCCCCCGAGCCUGGCCUGAGCCCUGCUCAGCCCACUCAGGCCCAGGGCCAGCCAGACCCAGUGCCCUCCCUGACCUCCAUCCAGGUGCUGGAGACAUCAAUGCCCAUCACUUCCCAGUACUGCGCUCCAGGGGAUGCCUGCAGGCCUGGAAACUUCACCUACCACAUCCCUGUCAGCAGCAGCACCCCGCUGCACCUCAGCCUAACUCUGCAGAUGAACUCUUCGUCUCCCGUGUCUGUGGUGCUGUGCAGCCUGAUGUCAAAGGAUGAGCCGUGUGAGGAGGGGGGCUUCCCACAGAGCCUGCACACCUACCAGGACACCCAGGGCACUUCCCACCAGUGGCCAGUAACAAUCCUGUCCUUCCGAGAAUUCACCUACCACUUCCGGGUGGCCCUGCUGGGUCAGGCCAACUGCAGCACGGAGGCCCCGGUCCGGCCGGCCACGGACUACUACUUCCGUUUCUACCGCCUGUGUGACUGAGCUGCCUUCCCGGAGGCGGCACCACACCCGGGCCGGGGCCCCACGCGCCCCUUCCACACUGGACGCCGUGGCGUUACACUGGAGCCCGCCGCCCCGCCAGCUCUCUGCUGCUCGCUGGCACUCCCUCGGAGAGACUGAAUCGGGCUUGGCCCUCCCCACGACUGGGGAAACUCGUCGGAGUCCUCACACUGGAGUUGCUGUUCCUGCUGGUCGCCCCUCACACCAGAGGGGGAGCCCGAGAGACCCCCUGGGGCCAGGACUGGACCACGUCGGAUCUGUCCAGAUAUGGUGGUUGGAGGGCUGGCUGCAGGGGCCCUGGAGGCAAGGGUAAGCCUGUGACUGUCCAGAGCCUAUCCUCCCACUCUCCCCUUUUGAGACUGCGAGCCACCCCUCUUUUGGAGUGGGGAUUUGGCUGGAGCCCUAAAAGACUUGGCUGGAUCCAUGAGUCGGCGGAGAGUAUACAGCCCUCACCCUGGAAGCUGCUCCCUGGGGGGUGGCGAGGUGGUGGACUUUUCGGGCUUUGACUGUUACGCUGGACUUGGGACUUUGAAGCUUUAAGUGUGGCCCAGGAGGUGUCUUCUCCCUGGGAGCACUGGCUCCCAAGAGCUCCCAGGGCAGCUGAAGCCAGCCCUGGAUGGGUUGGCAAAGACUGACCAUGUGCCUUACAUAUACUUAGUGCCUGGCUGAACCAGGGUGGGGGGCCAGGGGGCCAGGUCAGCCUUGGGCCCUUAAACCUGGAGUAUCCUGGAAGUUCCCCACGAGCCCCCCAGAUGGGUGUUGUGGCCCCAUGGCCUGGGCUUCUGGGAGCUUCCAGAGCUUGUAGUGGUAUCGGUGACCCAUCAUUCUCUCUGAGCAGAGGAGCAGGAAUCCCUGUAAGGGCAGCAGGCUGGUCUUGGCUGGUGCGUGGAGACAAAUAGCUUUUGCUGUUAUUAAUGAAGUAAUUACUAAAAUGCACUUAAGCCAGGGCACGAGUGGAAGGAUGGAGAUGGAAAGGCCAGAGAGGUGCAGAGCCCUGGGGAAACAUUUACAAACACAGGGCCCUGGCUCUGAUCCAUCCCAGGGAGGCUUGAGACACCCAUCCCACUCCCAACCACUAAGACUCUGGCUUCUCCCUCCUCUCUUGUCUGCUGGCGACCUUGUCUCCCCAAAUCAAGGGAUCCCAUGUCGGGCUCGGCAGCAGAUUCCAUCUCCGCCCUCUCCUCCCGGAGGUGGAGCAGUGGGCUUGCGUUACUGAAGACGUCUUAACUCAAGUGCCAGUGUUAAAGUAACCGGUCUUGGUGGGAGCCUGGAAUGUUCUAAGGCCACAUCCAGGCUCACAGAAGGAGUGUGGAAAUCAUUUAGCCACGGCUACACGGGUUCAAUGAGGGGCACAGGAAUUGCCAUCCCUGCCCUGUGGUGUUCUGCCACCUUUCUGGGGGCCAGGCCUUACCCCUCUCGU